GCCAUUAUUCCUCAAUUACUCUAAAUUUGUAUCUUAUUUCUUUAGAACAAAGGCAAAUACUCCUUGCUCAUUAUCGGAAUCUGUCUCUUAUUCUCAUCCGGUUUAGAAGAAAGGAGAAUACUCCGCUCAUUAUCGAAAUUUGUCUCUUAUUUUGAUCCUGUUUAGAAGAAAGCCGAAUACUCCUUGCUCAUCAUAGGAAUUUGUUUCUUAUUUUCAUCCUGUUUGAUAGAAAGAGGGUUACUCCUCGCUCAAUAUCAGACAAUUACUCAUAAACUUCGUGCGAGGAAACAGGAAAAAAGUCUUCAUUUCCCUCCUUAUUUGUCAAGCUCGAUCCAAAAAAUGGGCAACGGAUGUUACUCUAUAUGCCCUUCAAGUUCAGUAACAAUUAAGCUCAUAUUUCACGAAGGAACGACGAGGAUGGUGACCGGGAAAAGGCUAGCCGGAGAGAUAAUGUUCGAGUUCCCGGAAUGCAUGGUUUGUCAUGCUGACUCAUUCUUCAUUGGCCAACCUAUUCCAUCCUUAUGUAUCGAGGAUAAGCUUAGGAAUGGCGGCACAUACUUUGUCCUCCCACUUGAUUCCUUCACAAACAAAGUUCUCUCAGCUUCUUCCCUUGCUUCCUUAGGCAAUAACCCUAACAAAAGAGCUCCAGUUAACUUCAAGAACCCUGCUUUUGAAUAUAUAAAGGGAUCAAAUGGUAGGGUUUUGAUAAAAGUCGCGCCGGAGUUUAUGAUCAAAUUACUCCAACGAGGAAAGGCGGAAAAGGAAUGUGCAUCUACUAGUACAAGCCCUAGUGAGGGUAAUUUUUUGUGUAGCACACCGGAGUUGAAGAAGCAUUAUGAACAAUUGGUAGGACCAAAAGGGCAAAUAUGGUCACCUAAGCUAGACACUAUUUCUGAAUAUAAGAUUAGGUAUUCACCUUGCAAGUUGAUUGGCUUGGAAUGGAAAGAGAAAGAAUAGUGAUUUUUUUUUGUCAAAUUGUGAUAUAAAACUCUCUUGUUCCUUUUUUUUCCUUUUAAUUUAGAAGUAAAGGCUGAUUUUGCAUUGAUUUUCAAGCAAAAUCUCAAGGUUGUAGAUGUCUCUAAGGAUGUACAAAGCAAUAUUUAUUCAUUCAUUUCAUAUGAUGUUCCCAA